UGGUGUUUCUUGGUGCCAUAAAGUGGUGAACGCAGACAAGGGCACAGGGCGGAACAGGGAGAAGAUCAGCUUAGCUGGAAAAGGGGAUUUUUCAGCAACUGGCAGCUCACCAUGGCUGUUCCUCACUGGCUCCUCAUGUCUGCACUCUUUCUGCUGCCCCUCCUGGCACAGGUUUUGGCACAGGAAUCAGGAUGUUCUGUCAAUAACAGCAAACCAAGUGUCCCUGAAAAUAAAUGUCCUUAUGUGGUGACUACUGUCAACGUGCAGCCAGGUUUCACCCUAACAAUUGACCCCAAUUUCCCCGAUGGCCAAUUCUUCGCCAUUGAGGGCUCAGAGCUGAAGCUGACAAAGUGUGUGGACUAUGAGGAAAACCCUGUGCUGCUGCUGUACUUGAUCUGCAAGGACCCUGCUGGCCAGACUGAUUCCCAGGAAAUCCUAGUCACCAUUCUGAAUGAGAAUGACAACAGCCCUGUGUUUGCACAGCCAAACAUCACCAGGGAUGUCCCAGAGGAUACAAAAGUAGACACAGCUAUUGUAGCCCGUGAAGAAUUAAGUGCUACUGAUGCUGACCUGGACAUCAUCUACUAUGAACUCACUACCACAGUGCAGGACACAGAUGGUUAUUUUGCCAUAAGAGGAGUUAAUAACCCAGAGAUUUAUUUACAAAAAACAUUGGACUAUGACAAAUUUAAUUCGACAACGUUGCUCUUGUAUGCCAGGGACAGGCCUGUGACCAGCCCCGAGCCCAGCAACAAUGCCACUGCAACAAUAACCAUCACCAUCCAGCAGAGUGACACCCGGGCACCCUGGUUCCUGCCCUGCACCCGGAUCCACAAUGACGCCAGCGUCUGCAUCAGCAGCCCCUACUCUGGCAGGGUCAACAUCUCCGAGAUGUCGACAGAGCCACUCCUCCUGGAGCCAGGGCCCAUCUAUGCUAUAGACCCUGACUACACCAUCAGUGACAGGAUCGUGUACAGCAUUGUUGGGGGGAAUACAGACAACGUGUUCUCAGUGGAUGCAGACACAGGGAAUCUAACCAUGAACAAAAUAGUGACUUCCCCAGAUUCCUUUUUGUUGCAAGUUAUGGCUGCCCAGGUCAGCAACAUAAGGAAAUACACUGUAGCCACUGUAGAGAUCAAGGUCAUCAAUAAAAGCAAUUUUCCACCCUACUUUGAGAAGGGGGUCUACAACGGGACGGUGUUUGUUGGGAUGCCCCAGAGAAGCUUUGUCUACCAAGCUGGAGAUCCUUCCGCCCCCCUGGUGAUAACAGCAAUGGAUCAGGAUUUCCCCGAUAAAGUCAACCCCAACAUUGAGUAUUUCCUCAAAAACAGCACCGAUUUCAUCGCAACCAGGGAUGGGCUCAUCCUGACCAAUGUAGUGCUGCAGUCUCCAGGAACUGUGACCAUCCAGGCUGUUGGAAAAGAUGUGUUGAGCCUGCAGGAGGCAAGCACCAUAAUUGUGGUGGAGGUCAUCCUUGCCAGAGCUGUAACCCCCUCUGACAAGAUGUACACUGCUCAGGACAUGGCUAUCUUAGGGGGCACAUUAGCAGCACUGCUGUUAAUUGCCUUAGUCUUCCUUGGAGUGCUGGUAUGGAAAUCCAGUAGAUGGUAUGGGAAACCUGUCAAAUACCUGAUGAAGAAAAAGCUCUCCAUGGAAAUCUCUGGAGGUCACCAGAAUGAAUAUUACCAGGAAGAUGAGCAGCCUUAUGUGGACACCAAGCAGCAUGAGCCAUCAGAAACCAGCAGUGUCCAGGCAGAGCCUCCUGUGCCAGAGCAGCCAGCACUUGCCUUGUACUCCUCUGGUGCAGAGGAAACAGAGAGUCUCCCAAAGGGCUCCAUAGCUUCCACUGUCACCUUUGACCAGGAAGAGAAAGAGGAAGACAAGGAAGAAGAGGCUGGACAGGAGAAAGAAGUGAAGUCAAUCCUCAAAACAGACAGGCACUUGGCAGAUGAUGGCUACAAAGCUGUGUGGUUUAAGACUGAUGUGGACCCUGAGGCUGGAGAGAGGGUUGAAGUGAUUGAGGACAAUGCAGCAGAUGAUGAUGAUGAUGAUGAUGAUGACAGUGACCAAGAUCUGCAGAAGAAUGAGGAGGAGGAGGAGGAGGAGGAGGAGGAGGAGGGAGAAAGUUCUGACACAGACAAUCACCACCGAGGGCUGGAAGAGCCCUUUGCCUCAGAGAGCUCAUCACCCCCAGCAGCAGAGGUGACAGCCAACAUGUCUCACACAGGUGCAGGGACAGCUGACUCUAAGUUAUAAUGGAAAUUGGGUACAUACCCCCAGAAAUGGGGCAACCUCAGCUUCUCUGCUGACAUGAAGCCCAUUUUUCUGCUCAGGGGGAAAACUGGAAUGCAGAAGGGUGAGGUUAUCUAUCCUGCUAGUCUGAAUGCAGCAAAUAAGGCUAGAAGAGAUUACAGCUAAUUUAACCCUUUAAUGAGAUCUUAGAAUAUCACUUGGGAUUUUCAGGGUGAAGCAUUUCAUCUUUCCACCUUCCUGCCUGUUCCCCCUGGGUCCCUUGACAUCACCUUUCCCAAACUGGCUGCAGGUACAGCAGAGCUGUAGCUGACCUGGUCUGGCAGCGGCAAGCCCAGCUCAGAGGAGCAGUUGUUUUGCACAGUCCAGUGUUGUUUGGCUCUUCCCUUUAGGGUGUUGCAGCAGGGUGUCAGCAAGUCCCUCUGAGCCUGCAGGUGCUCCUGUGACUAUGCAGGAGCUGGCUUCAGGGCUGGGCUCUGCUCUGUUCUCCCAGCAGAAGCAGCUGGAAUGUGCCACCAGGCCCUUGUCCUGCCUGAGGUUCCAUGCUCAGGACCUGCUGUUUCCUUUGUCACUGGUAAACAAGGACUGAUCACAUGUUCUUUACUGAAGGACUUUGUCAUCCAUCUUCUACGUCAUAAACCCACUAAUUGUGUGCUACUUUAGCUGUGUAUCUGCUGUCUGUCUGGCAAAAGAGCUCCUGAGGUAUUGUCUAAAAGUGCCAAGUCUACUCUAUUGCCAGGUAGCAGAGGGAAGGAAAUAUUUGAUGCUCUUGUCUUGGUUUGCACCUCCCAUCAACCAAUCGCUUCUCUCAGCUGGCAGCCAAAAGCUGGGCUGGUUUCCACCAGCUGAGGUCAUGGCUGUGUGCAUUUGCAUCUUCUGAUCAUCAGCACAAGAUCUGUGCUGCUCCUGGAGAAGGAAACCAAAGAGUGACUGCUGGGAUCUGCAGGAACAUCACAGCACAUGUGAUUCCCAGGGAGGCUUUUAUCCUCUUGGGCCACACAUGUCCCAGUGUUCCCAUGCUCAUUCCUGCUCUCCUGUCUCUGAGGAAUGCUGCCCUCCUGGACUUCAGGAGCUGUGUUUGUGCUGAAAAUCAAGCCCAGGACCUGGGAAGUUUUCCUACUUCCUACAGCAAAGCCGUAGGAAUUGCAGUGUGGAAAUGGAGGGUGGGGAGUGCACCCAGUGUUUCCCACUUAAAGAAUCCCUCCAGCAGCUUUGGGAUAUCUCCAGGAAGCAUUUUCCACAGGACUAUGAGAACUCUCUGGCAGCUGCUCACUGAUCUGCCACCAGCAAGGCUGAGGGUCGAGCCUGCCUGCCCCCUGUGCUGAUGCUGCUCCUGGGAGGGUUGCUGAUGUGGGGAGAAGCUGGAGUGCUUCUCCUCUGCUCCGUUUCCUUGGUGGCUGUGCCAUGUGUGGUCCAUUCCUGUCAGUGCUGUGCUGUCUGUCUGCCUUCCCCCUGCUGCUGUGUACUCUGGAUUUCUGCUGGCACAUUGAUUUAUGAGCUCCCUGCGACUGCAAUCUGUGUUCAGCUCUUGGUGCUUUCCCUCCCCUCACCAGUGUGCUUCCCAUGCUCCUGGAAUGGGACUGGUCCAGUCUUUGUUACCUCCCAGGUCUCAUCAAUGCAUACAGCCAUGGGAUUUGGAGUUUUUCAGGGUUAUGGGUGUUUAAUUUCAGAGGUGAUGUUUGGUAAAUAUUGUGUCUGUGGAAGUGGUGCUGGUUGUUGUGAGGAGAAGCACAACACAAUAAUAAAACUUGGCAGCAGGCAGAGCUCAAAUUCCAGCUAUGCCUGUUAAAUCCUCCAGA